CUCAGCUCAACAAGCACCAACAUCGCGACCGCACCACCCCCACGCCGGCGCUGAUUCCACUGAACCGCCUGCUGAGCAUUCGACGCACUGUUCACGCCAUCCACCACCUUUUUGCCGCUGACUGCGAGCCCCACCUCUGACCGGCGGUGAAAAACAUCUCAACGCACGCCCGCUCGACGACCACGACGGCCCUCCGCGCAUCGCAGCAAUACCGUGACGCCCUGCUGCACCGUCCGCACUGGAAUCGAUCUGAACAUCUUCAUUGUCGCACAACUCGACAGCCGCGCCUGCGACCUACCUACCUCGAGCCCACUCAAGCUUCCCAGUCGCGUGAUCCUGAGGCUACCCUGGGAUCAAAGAACACGGAACCUCACCUGCGAAGAACACUGAUAGCCUACAUCUCUGAUAGCGGCGGAGAGGAGAGAGAGCUCGUGCGUCUCCAGAGCCUUUGCGCUCAUCUCGUACACUUUCGUUUCUAGAGCGCCUUCCGCUUCCUGCGGACCAUCCUGCGCUUUUGGCUGAGAGCAGGCUCCGCCCAGACGUUCCUACCUACUUUUCCGACGACGACCGCCAAAGAUGGCGGACCAAAACGACGUCGAUCUUGACUCUAUCAUAGAUAGACUGCUUGAGGUCCGCGGCAGCCGCCCCGGCAAGCAAGUCCAACUGCUCGAAACCGAGAUCCGAUACCUUUGCACGAAAGCCCGUGAGAUUUUCAUCUCCCAGCCGAUAUUGCUCGAGUUGGAAGCACCGAUAAAGAUCUGCGGUGAUAUUCACGGUCAAUACUACGACCUCCUCCGGCUGUUCGAGUAUGGAGGCUUUCCACCUGAGGCAAACUACCUUUUCCUCGGUGACUACGUCGAUCGCGGCAAGCAAUCUCUGGAGACCAUCUGCUUGCUCCUGGCCUACAAGAUCAAGUAUCCGGAAAACUUCUUCAUCCUGCGCGGUAACCACGAAUGUGCCUCGAUCAACCGCAUCUACGGCUUCUACGAUGAGUGCAAGAGAAGAUACAACAUCAAGCUUUGGAAGACUUUUACGGAUUGCUUCAACUGCUUGCCCAUCGCCGCUAUCAUUGAUGAGAAGAUCUUCACCAUGCACGGAGGACUGAGCCCAGAUCUGAACUCCAUGGAGCAGAUCCGCCGUGUCAUGCGCCCAACAGAUAUCCCCGACUGCGGUCUGCUUUGCGAUUUGCUAUGGUCUGACCCAGACAAGGACAUCACUGGAUGGUCUGAAAACGAUCGCGGCGUCUCAUUCACCUUCGGUCCCGAUGUCGUCUCCCGUUUCCUGCAGAAACAUGACAUGGACCUGAUCUGUCGUGCACAUCAAGUCGUGGAAGAUGGAUACGAAUUCUUCUCGAAACGUCAACUGGUGACUCUGUUCUCAGCACCAAAUUACUGUGGUGAAUUCGACAAUGCCGGCGCCAUGAUGAGUGUGGACGAAUCUCUGCUCUGUUCAUUCCAGAUCCUCAAGCCGGCUGAGAAGAAGCAGAACAGAUUCGGCAGACGAUAGAUGCGACUACGUACGAGUGUUCUUGGUCUACAGUGGUGUUAUACCAACUCAACUGCAAUGCCGAGCUGCGAAUGCUUCCCAUCGAAAGAUUUUCGACGAGCUCUACGGCAGCAUGGCAUCGAAGGAUGGGAAGGUCCCAUACACAAAUGAAUGCAGGUGGUGAAGGCGGAGAUGUACGAUUUGCAUGGGUUAAAAGGGAAGAGAGCGGCAGCAUGUAGCGCAAGAGUGCUCACCAGACGCACUUGUCGUGCCGCAUAUGGCCAUUAAGAUGAGGUUGGACGGACGUACUGACGAGUCGCGAUGAGCCUGGACUGUCUACAUACUUCAAACAUGAUGCUUUUGCUUACAACCC